UCUUCAUUUCUUUUCUUAAAUAAAUAAAGACAAACAUAUAUUUAUCUGAUAGGUAAGUUUAUCAAGACGUUGGAACAACCGGUCCUAAACAAAGUAAUGAUAGGAAGAUAGUGCAAGAAAAAUGUUUAGAUAGGAUUAUAUCGUAUUUUAUGUAGGAUUCUCUUCUUGGCCAUGAGAUACUGAAGAGAAUAAAAUUUAUUAUUAUACGUAGAAUUCUUGCGAUUAAAAUAAUGUAGGAUUAUAGCGGAGCAAUAAGAUUGGAUAUGUUAUAUGAUAUAUUAUAUGAUAUAAAGCCAUGCAACGUAUCAGUUAAGAUAGAUAUAGAUAAUUAAAUGGAUGGAUGGAGGUAUGUGUUGUGAUAGAAAAAUUGUAAACCAAGUCCCCUUCUUGGCAUUGUAAUGCUGAAAUAAAUAAAGAAUUAUUAUUAUUAUUAUUAAAAAGGCCAAUACAAUCAGUGAAAAUGUUCAGCGGAACUUUUGUUUCGAAAACAUCUCUAAGACUGCGUUCGGAAACAUCACCCUCGUGCUCUUGGGUAUCAUUCUAUCCUUUUCUCACAUUCAACGAACAACAAUGAUAGAAUGAUACCCGAGAGUACUCAGGUGAUGUUUCCAAAUGCAGCCUUAAUCGUAUCUUAUCUCAAGAAAAUGACGCAUAUAAAUGUAUAUCAGUAUUUAUCAGUAGAAUCUAGCGCUCUAGUGACGGAAGUGUUUCACAAUUAAGAUACGAAUGUCUAUUAUGCUGUCUCAUCUCAGGAAGUUAUAAUAUCGUUUCACGUAUAAAAUGACAAUCAAAUUAAGUAGCUAGAAUUCGCCAUACAGAAAUUAAAUAUAUCGAAUUUGCUAAACAGACGUGCAUAACUAUUCAUAUUAGGUAAACAAUAGAGAAAUUAAAAGCAAAUCCCAUUUUCGUAAAACUGAAUUUUUAAUGUUUUAAAUAAAAUAUUUAAUAAUACUUUGAGAUAUCUUCUGGUUUUUACUUUUUUCAAGAUAUCAAUGUCGAUAUUUACGGUAAAUAUAUAUAUCAUAAAUUAUCUUCAAUCUUUGAUGAAAGAUUAGCACAAUUAAUUACAGUUUCGUGUACACAAAUCAUUAUUUGGUUAUUUAUAUCUCACGAAUCUCUUUUUUAUAAGAGUGACAAUUUUUCAAAUGAUUAAAAAAAACUCAGAGUGUAUUACGAAGUAGAUUACAAAGUAGAUUCUUUUUUUUUGUUCAUUCACUUUGUAGAAGUUUUGAUCCAAUUUAACAAGUUACUUUAAGUAAAAAGAGUCCCUUAGUGUAAUCAUACGAACAUGUGCUUAAAAAAUAUUUGUAUUUCACUUCAUAUUACGUAAACUUCUUAGUUCGCAUCAUAAAUACCACUAUGGUGUAAUGUUACGUAAUUGCCUCAUUAAUUAAAACAUAUGUUUGCAUAUAUAUCGGAGCAAACACGCAUACGUUUAUUUUCGAUUCCGAAUACGCGCUUCGUUCUUGCGAUUUGCGGAAACAAUGAGUGGUACUAUAUAUGUGUAAUUGAUAAUUCAUUUUGUUUCAAAAUUUAUUUUAUACGUGAUCUUAAUAUAUGUACACAUGUGCGCUUGUGCGGUGAUGUGCAUAUGUCAAUCCUAGGAACUCAUUCUUGGUUAAUUAAUUGCAUUGACAAGAAUGGAAGGCAUUAUAGAUAAUAUCGAUAAAACACGUCAUUUCGACGUGCGCAAUAAGACGCGUGAAUAUAUCUGAUACGCUUUACGUGUCCAGAAAAGAUACAUAAAAGAUACAUAAUUUAUAUGCACCUUGAAAAAAAGAUAACAAUCCGUACAUUGAUAAACUACAGAACUAACAGAAUUGGACAUAUCCGUAAUAAAUUUUGUUAACUGUUACAAGAACCUGUUAAGAAAAUAUCAAUUUUUGUUGCAGUUAAUCUCGAAUCUGUAAAUUGUUUCAUUAUAAUAAUAAUAAUCUUGAAUCUGUAAAUUGUUUCGUUAUAAAAUAAUUAAUUAAUUUUGCGAAAAUUUUUGUUCUUGUUUAUACACUAUGGCUGUGUUCCGAUAUAUACUGCCAAUAACUGAAAAUCUAUACGUGAACUAUAGAUUGCCAGUGCCGGCAGUAAAUUUUGAAAUACAGCUAUCUUUCUCCGAAUUACUCAAGAAAUCUCCGCAUUACAUACAUAAUAUUGAAUAUACAUUUGAAGUACAUGCAUAAUACAUUCUAUUGAAAAAAGUAUACGUCAAGGUAUAUUUUAUAAUAUCUUUAAAAAUAAAAAUAAGAGGAUUGAAAUAACGAAAAUCAUACCAAUACUACACGAGUGUGAAUUUAGACCGAAAGAUGACGCGACACAUCUAAAUCCUUCUGGAAUUUGCGAAACCGGCAACUUACUUAUCGCAUUUGACGGGAUUUGGGUAUUAAGUCCGAUUUCGUCAAAGAUAACGGUGAUUUUUCAUCAAAUUGAAAAUGUAGCGUAUCACACGUUUUGUAUUCACAAGUGAGUGUUAUCAAGUUUUCAAGACGCGUAACGCUUAAGACAUUCUCUUUUUCUCCUUUCUUCUUUUCUUUUUUUCUCUUCUUCUUCCUCUUCCUCUUUCUUUUCUUCUCCUUCUUUUCCAUUUUUUAUCAUCACAAUGCCACGUUCUUAUAUAUUUGCAUUAAGAUGUCAGCGAUAGACGAACCGUGAAUAGUGUCACGUCAAUCACGACAAGAUAAGUCGACCAACACAAACAUUGGCUAAUAUAUUUACGAAAUAGAAUUACCAAACCGAAAGUGGGAGCUGUAAUGUGUAUCACGUAUCUGAUGAUCUUUUUUCGAGUGUGAGAGAAAUUUGACCUAUGCGGAAAGUAAGAACGACUAGUUAUAAACAUCAUAAAUUGUAUCUAUAUGGAAAACUCUGGAUUCAAUUAAAUUUUGUAAAUAUGUUCGAUUUAAAGUAUUCCUGCAAAAGUUUAUUCGUUAUCGUUGAAAGAUUUUAAAACAAAUUGCAAAUUAAGCCGACGAUAUCGCAAAAGUAAUAUACAUAUGGAUGAUAACAUUGUGCCAUUUCUUUUGUAUUUACGUAAAGCGAUGUCUUAAAUACAAUAAGAUUUUAAGCCGUAAGAUUUUAAGUUAUAAACGCACUGAGCUCAUCUGUAUUUUCUUGUAAUUUUUUUGUGAAUGUACAAAGGAAAAUCCAGCGUUCUUCUGCUUGUUCACUUAAUGUUAAUAACAUAUAUUUUAGCUUCAACUAUUAAUUUACUCUGUCAAAUUAAAAAAGUCAAAUUAAAAAAGUAAAUAAUUAACCUGUAUAGCUAAGCGUUUCUCUAAUACUUUUCCAUAAUUCUACUUUUAUCUUUAUAUUUUUUAAAUGUUUUAUUAUUUGAGAUCUCUGAUUUUCUCUCAUACUAGAGAGAGACAGUUUUAUCAUUAAUAUUUUUGAAAUAUAUUACUGAAAUCCAUAUUUGGAUCCAUCGUUAUGUCUAUCACAUCUACGGAUUCAACCCAAUAUAACAUUGUAUCUGUAUUUACUCUCGCUUUUGAUUGAUUAUCGCGCUCGAUCGUAAGCCAUAAGAUUUUAGCUAUAAGAAGUGACAUUUCGCCAAAUUGCUUAAGAAUUAAGAUUACGGCUAAAUUAGGAGCGGGAAAGUCAUAUGGACGCAAAUAAUUUCACAAACUUAACACAUUAAGUCUUAAGGCUUAAAAUUUCAUUGUAGACAUCGCUUAAAUUGCUUCAUAUUUGUGUAAUAAUUCAACUAUGUGUGUGCGUGUCCCCAAGACAAUUAAAAUGUGUCUUCGUAUUUUAUUAAUCAACAAAUUUCUUAUGUCAUUUAAUUGAUAAAUUAUCUCUACCUUUCUUCUUGCUUUUAAUUUAAUGGACUUAUAAGUUGUUGAUAAAAAAAUGAUUCACAUCUUGAUUCAAAUUUCAGAUUAUGUUUAUUGCGAUAUUUUCAUACGAUUAUAAUUCUCUCAAGUACAUUUUUUAAACAAAACAGCUUUAUAUUAAUAUAAAUUGUAAUUUGUUAAUAACAUUGACUAGACGGUAAGUUAUAUACUAUAAAAAUGACACAUUUUAUCAACUCUGUUUAGUUCGCCAAAAGCUUUCAUAUUUCCCAUUAAGGAAGUAUAUUAUAUAUAACGGAGUGUACUCGUUGUAAAAACAUAUUAUGUUUCUGUAAGGAGGUAGACAUCGAGGAUAUUCUGAUAUUCAUUUCACACAUGCUUCGCAUGUAUCUAUUCAUGAUGUACACGUGCACGCUGACUAACGAGCCUCGAAUAACGAAUGGAUAAUAUAAUUAUCGAAAAACGAAGAAAGAAAAAAAAACGGAUCUUAUUUCUUUUUCGACCUUUGGGUUUUCGAAGUGGAAAGUCCAUUGACGAAUUUAUGUUCGGGAAAAACUGCGGUGCACACGCAUCAGCGUUGGACGUAAACUUAAGACAACGAGCUCAAGUGGGGAGCUUAAGAAUUACAAAAGAGAAAAAACCGGCGAAUACUCUAUAUCUUGUGUCAUCAUCGAGAGUUUAUACCUGGUGUAUACCUGACUAUAGGUAAGGCAGACCCCUCUCAUUGUUAGAUAGCUCUCGUGGGGUAUGCAUGACGUGGGGAACGACCUCAACGGGAGAGGAGAGGACCUCCUGCUGUCGUAUAGAGAAGCGAAUGGUCGUGACGCCGGUCCAGUCUUCAGUAAAGCGUUCACGUAAAACAUUCCGGAUCGUGAAAAGCAUUGUACUUUUUUUUUAUCACGAAUAGACGGGAAGAGACGCGGCUUCCCAAUGUUCAAUGUAACGCGCGCGUAACAUAGUGCGAAUCUCGGUCGUGACCAGGAGAGUUGAAUGCCCGGAGACGCGUUUCCCGCACCGGUUGCAAUAGUGUGGAUUAUUUAUAGCGUGUAUAGUGCCAUCAUCCCCCAUAAGUCUCAACGUAAUCAUCAAUCGUGAUUAAAGGUAUAAUAUGCGAUCAAGAAUGAUAAUCUGGAACGUGCUGUUAGUCCUGCUUCAAUUGUUCGUUUAUAAAAGUCGAACGGAAACGAUAAGAAUAGGGUACAAUGAUUUCGGUUUGGCGCCGAUCGACCCGGAAAUUGCCGACGUCGUCGACUGGAAGAGUCACGCGUGUCGACGAACAUGUAAGGAUGGUGCAAAGUCUCUGACCUGCUAUUAUACUUUCAAGCUGGAGUCUUAUCACACGAUGAGCAAGGCGUGUUACAAUUGCCCCUUCAAUAUCACAGACUGCUUUCUACCUCAUUGCGUCCCAGCAGAUGGCAUGAAACGAUCUCUCAUGGUUGUGAACCGACAAAUGCCAGGCCCACCGAUCGAGGUGUGUCAAGGCGACAGGAUAAUAGUCGACAUGAUCAACUUGUUGCACGCGGAGAGUACUACGAUGCAUUGGCAUGGCCAGCAUCAUAUCACCACACCGUACAUGGACGGUGUACCUUACGUAUCGCAAUGCCCUAUCCAUCCUGGAGCGACCUUCCGAUACAAUUAUAUCGCCACUGAAUCUGGCACGCACUUCUGGCACUCUCAUACAGGAUUUCAAAGAGGUGAUGGCGUAUUCGGCCCGUUAAUCGUUCGUGUACCUCCUAAAAUAGAUUGGCAUGAGGAUCUGUACGACUACGAUGAAUACACGAUAAUAGUCGCCGAUUGGGUUCAUGAACUGGGUCUCACCAAGUUCCUGGCGCAUCAUCAUGCGGACGGUCAUAACAAAGCGCCAAAUCUGCUUGUAAACGGCCUCGGCCUUUUUUUCGCCAUAAAAGAUGAAAAUGAGACGCUGGCCAAUAUGCCUAUUACAACGUUCGUCGUAAAACCGAAUUUCCGAUACAGAUUCAGGCUUAUUAAUGCAGAGUUUCUGAAUUGCCCUAUAGAAGUUUCCGUCGAUAAUCAUACUCUAUACGUAGUCAGUUCAGACGGACGUGAUAUUGAACCGGUACAAGCUGAAUCUCUAGUAAGUUACGCCGGCGAGAGAUUCGAUUUUAUAAUCGAGAUGAACCAACCGGUGGACAAUUACUGGAUGAGGUUUCGAGGAUUAAUGGAUUGCGACGAGAGAUUUUUGAGUGCCUAUCAAGUUGCGAUAUUACGAUACGACGGUGCGCCCGAGGAGGAACCGGCGACACAAGUUUCGUACGAUCAUAUAAGAAAUGAUUCCUACGGAUUACAAGUAAACGCUCUAAAUGAAGGGACUGAAUCGAAUAAUAGUAUCAGUAUGCCGUUGUUGAACGCGAUGGACGACGAUGAUACUUCGAACACCAGAGAACCUGAUUAUCAAUUUUAUAUAUCGUAUGAUUUUUACGGGAAAGAUAAUCCGAAUUUUCACCGCAAGAACUUGUAUGGGUUUCAUCAAGUGAAACAACAAGUAUUCACACCGCAAUUAAAUCACAUAUCAAUGAAGCUACCAUCGUUUCCACUUCUGUCCGAAAGACACCUUAUUAAACCGAAUCAGUUUUGCAACUCCAGUACAGUUGAGGGAUGCGAGAAAGAUUAUUGCGCUUGCACUCAUGUGCUUCAAGUAAAGCUUAAUAGCGUAGUAGAACUGGUUCUGAUCGAUGAAGGUGUCCCGUACGAUGCAAAUCAUCCGUUUCACCUUCACGGCUAUCAGUUCCGCGUAGUGGCUAUGGAGAGGAUAGGAGCUAACACUACCGCCGCUGAAGUAAGAAAAUUAGAUAGGCUAGGUUUAAUACGCAGAAAACUGAAACGUGCACCUCUGAAGGACACGGUGACUGUGCCCGACGGUGGUUAUACCGUUUUGCGAUUUUACGCCAAUAAUCCAGGAUUUUGGCUGUUCCAUUGCCAUAUCGAGUUUCACGCGGAGAUAGGAAUGUCGUUGAUCUUCAAGGUAGGCGAAGACAAGGACAUGCCACCUGUGCCCAAUGAGUUUCCUAAAUGCGGUGACUGGAAACCGACGAGCGAUGAGAAUAAGGGAAAGUUGGAGACCAGUACAACGGUACCUGAAGAGAAGCCAUCAAAGAACAAGUUUCUCACAGAUAUGAUAAAGAACUUUUCGUUAUAUAUGGCGUAUUUCGAGCAGCUUUUGAAAUCCUUCCAGACAUCCGCGGCAUCUAGUUCGAGUGUAACACUGCUGCUUUUUAAUGGUUGUCUUUUAAUCUCUGUGAUUCGCAUGCAAAUAUUUUAAACUUCUAUGUAACUAGCCUUAAAGUGCUGAAGUCACGUUGUAGAAGAACUUUGCAGCAAAUUUAUUUCGAUAUAGAUCACGAAAUUGCUGGCAUUUUCUUCUUUUUCGUUUUUUUUCCGAAUAAAUAUGUGACAAUCAUUGUACGAUAUAUAUAUAAAAACGUGAUCAUAAACAAAUUAAAAUAUGUGCCAGUAAAUAAUAGACGUUUAGUCAUAACUAAAUAUUACAAAAUAUUAAUAUUUAUAAGAAACAUUCGUCCGUGUUUUUAUUUUAUCAUUGGCGGAUAGAUAAGCACAAUCACGCAAAAUCGCGAACUUUAGACUAGAAUUUAUCAUAUAAAUUUUUUAAGUGUGCUUUGCGUGAUCAUAUUGUGUAUUUAUCUCCGACGAGCAAGCGGGCGUUAUGUUAACAAAUGACUUACAUUACUGUGAUACAAAUAAAUUGCAAUUAUUCUAUAAUUGCCAGAUUGCUAACUAUGCUAUCCAAUACAGUGUUCUAGUUAAAUUCUAAGUUAAAUCUUUUUAAUUUCAAUGACGAAUCGAUUUACUAUCGCGUAACAGAAUUGAUAUAUCCUCGGCGAAAAUGUCAGAUGAGAUAAUAAUAAUAACAUAAUAUAUUCGUAACUCAGAAAAGAAUUUGCGAAUUGAAUUUCAGAGGAAAGAAAUAAAUAAUAAAAUUAUAAAUUUUAAAUAGAUUUUUCUUAAAUAAAAAUGGAAACUCUAUUUACUAAAAUAUCAAAUAUUAAGAUAUCGCUGGACAUUUUCUUUGAGGAAAACUUGACCAAAUUUCUAAUAGACCAAAGAAUAUCUGUUAUUGAAAUAUGUAAUCAUGGCGACUAUCUCGAUACAUUAUAAUAUGAUUAUUGUAACACGACAUUCGACCACAUAUUGUACAUAGCGUUUAAUCUAACAUAAGAUAACAUAAGUAAUUCGUAAGCGAUUAUCAAUUGUAUAAUUGUGUUUCUUUACUUUGGUUAUGUGUGUGUGUGUAUUUCCAAGGAAAACGUGUAUUAUUAUUUUUGAAUACAGGAUAUCUUUAAAGCUAA